CGGAAGUGGUUCCGGGGCUGGGGUCAACAAGGUCGGGCCAUGGUGGGGCCGAGGUUGGGAAGAUGGCGUUGCGAGGUUGGGCACAGCGAGUCUGGGGCUGCGGUCAGGCGUGGGCGCCUCCAGUGGGCGGCGGCUGCCCGGAACUCUCUGCGGCCCAGGCCCCGCGGCUGCUCGGACGCAGGUUCAACUUAUUUCUUCAGCAAAACUGUGGCUUUAGAAAAGCCCCAAGGAAGGUUGAACCGCGAAGGCCAGACAAAGGGUCGAGUGGUGAAGCAUACAAGAGAAGUGCCUUGAUCCCGCCCCUGGAAGAGACAGUUUUUUACCCUUCCCCCUACCCUAUAAGAACUCUCGUGAAGCCCUUCUUCUUCACUGUUGGGUUCACAGGCUGUGCAUUUGGAUCAGCUGCUAUUUGGCAAUAUGAAUCACUGAAAUCCAGGGUCCAGAGUUAUUUUGAUGGUGUAAAAGCUGACUGGUUGGAUCACAUUCGGCCACAAAAGGAAGGAGACCUCAGAAAGCAGAUUAACAAGUGGUGGAAUAGCCUAAGUGAUGGCCAGCGGACUGUGACAGGCAUCAUAGCUGCAAAUGCUCUAGUAUUCUGCCUAUGGAGGGUGCCAUCGCUGCAUCGAACCAUGAUCAGAUAUUUUACAUCCAACCCAGCAUCAAAGGUUCUUUGUUCUCCAAUGUUGCUGUCGACGUUCAGCCACUUCUCCCUGUUCCACAUGGCAGCAAACAUGUAUGUGCUGUGGAGCUUCUCAUCCAGCAUCGUGAACAUCCUGGGUCAAGAGCAGUUUGUGGCAGUGUACCUGUCUGCAGGUGUCAUUUCCAAUUUUGUCAGUUAUGUGUGUAAAGUUGCCACAGGAAGAUACGGACCUUCACUUGGUGCAUCAGGAGCGAUCAUGACUGUACUUGCAGCAGUCUGCACCAAGAUCCCAGACGGGAGGCUCGCCAUCAUCUUCCUCCCAGUCUUCACCUUCACAGCAGGCAAUGCCUUAAAAGCCAUCAUUGCCAUGGAUACAGCUGGGAUGAUCCUGGGAUGGAAAUUUUUUGAUCAUGCAGCACAUCUUGGGGGAGCUCUCUUUGGAAUAUGGUACAUCACUUACGGCCAUGAACUCAUUUGGAAGAACAGGGAGCCUCUAGUGAAAGUCUGGCAUGAAUUAAGGACUAAUGGCCCCAAGAAAGGAGGUGGCCCUAAGUGAAGCAAAGCUGGCCGUGUGGUGCAUCUGCUCCUUGCUUUCUCGAAGACUCGGCAUCCAGCUAUCCCAGUGUUUCAAAUGUCCCCAGUACAUGUCUCCUUAGAAAAUUAUGGGAAAGUUGUGAAAUAAAUGUUUAUAUCUCUAGUUUGUAAAUGGUGUUUGCUCCUUGGGAGUUCUGGAACUCUCCAGCAGUUUGCUUUUUUGGAGAACAUGCAUGACAUUCUUCAAGCCUGGACCCUGGUGAGGAAGCCUCAGCGGAUCUGAUGGGAUCUUGGAGGAACCUUGGUCUGUCCCUGACCUGGCAUCUGCUUAGCAUUGGUUCUGACUUCCUUUCCUGGCCUGACCAACAAUAGAAGGUUGAGGGCACCUUCUCUCUGAAAAAAUCUGAAAUAACAGCCUUAGCACUUCCAAAUAUUUCCCUAGAUGACAUUUCUGGCAGUGAGCACCACAUCCAGAUAUGUUUUUUAGGAUUUCUUUUCUAGGUAUGAGGAGAAGAGGGGCUGGGCAGGUGGCUCAGUCAGAAGACUGAGGAGCUGAGUUUGGAUUCUAGCACCACAGACAGCCUGGCACACCAGUGUCGUGGACCAGACACGGCAGCUGGUGGACAUGUGAGUCCCUGGGGCUAUGUGAGUGCAGCUGCAGAAUGUGAGUGAAGUGUGUGCAUGUCCUGAGAGAGCUAGAGAAGUGUCAGAGAAGUGUGAGAGGGUGAGGAGUAAAGAGUGAGAAUAAUGUAGAAGUAAGUGUGUGAGUGAGUAAGAGAGCUGUGUGAAAGGGUUGCUGCUACAUAGAGGAACUGUGUAAAGUGUAUGGGAGAGCUAUGUAAAUGAGAUGUUUAGCUGUGGCUGUGUGGAGAUUUGUAACUGUAUGGAGGCAAGGAAAAUGAAGCUGUUUAGAAAAGGGAUGCAGAAGAGAAAUGUAUGUACAGCCAUGUAAAAAGAUGUAUGUAUGUAAAGAAUGUAGCUGUAUAAAGUUAGAUUGUCAAGAGAGAUUAUUUAAGUUGAAGUAAAAGAGAAGGUUGCCAUCA